AUGUCGGCGCCGUGGUGGGAUUCCGACGAGGACCGUUCUAGGGUCGAGUACCGCGCCUACGUUGGCAACCUCCCCUGGGGCACCGAUGAGCGCUCACUCAAGGACGCCUUCGCCGACUACUUUUUGGUUGAUAUCGUCACCGACCGGGAGACAGGCAGAUCCCGCGGCUUCGGCUUCGUCUGGUUUGACAAUGAGGACUCGUUGAGCAACGCCAUCCAGGACAUGAACGGCCAGGAGCUCGGCGGCCGCACCAUCACCGUCGACAGGGCCAAUCAACGCCCCCGCCGCUGGAGGAGAUGA